CUAUCUUUUCCCAACAUGGCCGCCUUGGCGCAGCAAAUUUUGCUGGAGGCUGCCGAAAAAGAGGCCUCCUACAAGUCCGUGGAUGUUGUAAAGGACUUGGAUCUCGAGUUCGACCUUGGAAACCUCCUAGCUACAGACCCCAAUCCGUUGGAUAUCGCCAAACUCAAGUCACAGUCUCGAGAGGGGUACCUCAAGGAACUUGCCAGGGAUGACACACAGCUCCUCAUCAACAGACUCUUUCAGUUGCCCACAGAGCGGAAAGAGGACGUCGUCGUCGCCAUGCUGCCUGAGGGGACCACAAGGCUACCCCGGGAGAAACCGGUACCCAAGCCCAAGCCUACGACGAGGUGGUCCGAGUUUGCCAAACAGAAAGGCAUCAAGUCUCGCAAGCGUGAGAAGCUUGUCUGGGAUGAGACCAUCAAGGACUGGCGGCCUCGGUAUGGCUACAAGCGAGUCAAGGUUGAGAAGGAGAAGAACUGGCUCAUCGAAGUUCCCGAAAACAAAGACCCCAUGGGAGACUACCACGCUGACCUGAAGAAGAAGAAAAAGGAGCGCGUGGCCAAGAAUGAGUACCAGCGGCUCCGGAACAUUGCCCGAAACCACAAGGCCAAAGUGCCGAAGAACCUGUUCCUGCCGACCGAAAAUCUGAACAAGGAUGAGGUCUCCAAGGCAGUGACUGUUGCCAAGGCGGCGACAGCAUCACACGGCAAGUUUGCCGGCACCCUCAAGGAAGAGAAGAAUGUCAAAGUUCGGCGCGCCAAGCGCAAGUUUGAGCCCAACUUUGGAGACAGCAGGAAGGAGCGGGAUGCUCAGUUGAAGGUGUUCAACGAAAUGCAGCGCAAGAAACCCAAGCUCGAUGUCAAGCGGGCGGCCAACCAGUUCAUUCACCAGGAAGAGAUUGAGGUUUCCGAAAACCCCAGACGACGGAAAGCAGGCAAGAAACACCAUGGCAAGGAGAAGUCCUCGAAGAAAAAAGGUGGCCUCAACCACAAGGGCAGGAAUCGACCGCAAAAUGCAAAGCACAAGAAGGGAAGGAAGAAGUAAUAAAAGUUUUUGUCAGACAAAUGAA